AUGCCAUGGGGCAACAUACCAAGGCCCCGGUCUCGAUGCGGUGCCUGCGUAGUCUUAAAUAGAGGAUGUAAUUCACAGUGUAUCUUUGCUCCUUACUUUCAUGGUGAGGAUGGUAUUGCUCGUUUUGUCGCUAUCUGCGAUAUUUUUACUGUUAAGAAUGUUGUCAACAUCCUAGCUCCGCUUCCGGUCAGCGACCGAUUUUGGGCUUCUGAUACACUCCUCUUUGAAGCUCAAGCCCGGCUUCAAGAUCCUGUCUAUGGCUAUGUAUCUCACAUUCUUGCCCUUCAGCAGCAGGCUGCUCUUCCACCUUACCCUGGUGAAGCCAGCAGUAGCCAGAUGCCACCCCCAGAUGACAUCAAUGAGCUGGGAGCUGUUGUGUUUGGCAACCGUUGUCCUCACUGA